AUGAAUGAAUCGUUAAUUAGCCCAUUCAAUUUUAGUCAUCCUACUGCUGUUCAAACUUCACUCUAUGCUCUCGGUUCAUUCGCUCGUUUCGACCCCUCGGGAAGGUUCGUCGGUGUAGGACGAUUCGACGGCUUGGCCACAAUAUGGGAUCUUGAGACUAAAGCCGCUGUUCGAUGGCUGGAUGGACACGUAAAAGCUGUGACUAGCUUGGAUUGGUCAAGGCAUUCUCGCUAUGUGCUGACGUCCUCAAAAGAUUGGAAUGUCAUCGUCUGGGACCUCGCGUCUGUGUGUGAUCCGCCUCAACGACAUGCAACUAUCCGCUGUGACGCGCCGGUUUCUUCAGCUUCGUUCCAUCCGAGAAAUAGUCAAAUAAUUCUAGCUCUACUGAAUACCGGCGAGGUUUACCUUGUCGACUUGAGACCGAACCAUCGGUCACGAACGGAGUUGUACGAGCCGGAUGGUGACGAAGACGGAACCGAAGGACAGUCGAGUAGAAGAUACGCGAUGACAGUUGCGCGUUUCGAUCCUUCAGGCAAAUACGUCUUUGUCGGCACAUCCGGCGGAUACAUAUUGGUUUUCAACACCAGAACGAAAGCUAUGAUAGCGCGACAUCGAAUAGCUGGUGGAGCUGGAACGAUCAAAGGGAUGGAUUUUGCAAAGAACGGUCGUCGCCUUGUCACAAACUCCUCCGAUCGAACCCUUCGCCAAUUCAUAGUCCCGCAUUAUCCUCGGUCUAGCGAAACCGGUGGCGAAAUAUUCAUAGAACAAGAACUGGAGCCCACCCAUCGAUUCAACGACCCAAUCAACAAAACGGCAUGGCAUGCCGUAUCCUAUAGCCCGGAUGGUGAAUGGUUAGCUGGCGGCGCUGCUGAUGCCGCAAACCACAAAAUAUAUAUCUGGGAUAUCUCAAACGAUGGUCAAUUUGCUAGUACGCUAGACGGUGGAAGGGAGCCUCUGGCGCAUUUGCAUUGGCAUCCUUCGAAAGCUUCAAUAGCAUCGACUACUAAUCAAGGGAAUAUCCUCAUAUGGCACAGUCCAAAUGCCGAGAGAUGGGGUGCUUUUGCUGGUGGAUUCGAAGAGGUUGAUGAAAAUGUAGAGUACGAGGAACGUGAGGAUGAAUUUGACAUUGAAGACGAAGCGGAAAUUCUUCGACGAAAGAAGGAAGCAGAGCAAGAUGAUGUAGACAUCGAUACCAUUGACGGCGAGACAACGGAUGCGCGUGGGCACCCUGCAUUGAAUGGUGUACAUGCAAGUAAUGGUAGUGGUGGUCAUGGCAUUGGUAUAGGAGGAAACUUUGAUGAGGAUAUGAAAUGGGCAGAUGAGGAUGCAGAUGAUGAUCUAGGAGUUUGGAAGAUGAAGAUCCUCAUGGAUGAUGAUGAUAUGUAG